GCGCGCCCAGCACGCCCGCUCCUGCGCGCCCCCAGCAGAUGCCAGUGCCCUGAGUCUGGGAGCUGGCGGGACGCUCUCCGGGUCGCUUACUCUGCCCCUCCUCGGUCGGGGCAGGUCCUCCCGGCCCGGCCCGAACAUGCUGGACGGCCUGAAGAUGGAGGAGAACUUCCAAAGCGCCAUUGAGACGUCGGCCUCCUUCUCCUCGCUGCUGGGCAGAGCGGUGAGCCCCAAGUCUGUCUGCGAGGGCUGUCAACGGGUCAUCUCGGACAGGUUUCUGCUGCGGCUCAACGACAGCUUCUGGCAUGAGCAGUGCGUGCAGUGUACCUCCUGCAAAGAGCCCCUGGAGACCACCUGCUUCUACCGGGACAAGAAGCUCUACUGCAAGUAUGACUACGAGAAGCUGUUUGCUGUCAAAUGCGGGGGCUGCUUUGAGGCCAUCGCGCCCAACGAGUUUGUGAUGCGGGCUCAGAAGAGCGUGUACCACCUGAGCUGCUUCUGCUGUUGUGUCUGCGAGCGGCAGCUCCAGAAGGGCGAUGAGUUUGUCCUGAAGGAGGGGCAGCUGCUCUGCAAAGGGGACUAUGAGAAGGAGAGGGAGCUGCUCAGCCUGGUGAGCCCGGCAGCCUCAGACUCAGGCAAAAGUGAUGAUGAAGAAAGUCUUUGCAAGUCAGCCCAUGGGGCAGGGAAAGGAGCCACUGAGGAUGGCAAGGACCAUAAGCGCCCUAAACGUCCCAGAACCAUCUUGACAACCCAACAGAGGAGAGCAUUCAAGGCCUCGUUUGAAGUAUCCUCCAAGCCGUGCAGGAAGGUGAGGGAGACUCUGGCUGCAGAGACAGGGCUGAGCGUCCGUGUCGUUCAGGUGUGGUUCCAGAACCAGAGAGCUAAGAUGAAGAAGCUGGCCCGGCGGCAGCAGCAGCAACAGCAAGAUCAACAGAACACCCAGAGGCUGAGCUCCGCUCAGACAAAUGGUGGCGGGAGCGCUGGGAUGGAAGGGAUCAUGAACCCCUACACCGCUCUGCCCACCCCACAGCAGCUCCUGGCCAUCGAGCAGAGCGUCUACAGCUCAGAUCCCUUCCGACAGGGUCUCACCCCACCCCAGAUGCCUGGAGACCACAUGCACCCCUAUGGUGCUGAGCCCCUUUUCCACGACCUGGACAGUGAUGACACCUCUCUCAGUAACCUGGGUGACUGCUUCCUAGCAACCUCAGAAGCCGGGCCCCUGCAGUCCAGAGUGGGAAACCCCAUUGACCACCUGUAUUCCAUGCAGAAUUCUUACUUCACCUCUUGAGUUCACCCCUCGAGUUCUCCGGCUAGGCUCCCAUUCUGGAACAACCGCAUUACAUGAGGGGUCAGCUGGCUUUAGGAUGGGGAGGCAGGGAAGAGGUGGGUUGGGGAGGGAGUUUUGUCCGGGAUGCUGUUGUAUAAUGAUAUGGUGUAGCUCGGCAUUUCCAAAGACUGAAUACAUUACGGAUUGCAUAGUUUAACGUUUCUAAUAAGAGUCUUAGUGUUAGGUAUGAAGAUGUGUUUAUCGUUAAGGACAGGGAUUUUAAAUAUAGGCAUUUUCAUGCAAACUAGAUACCUAGAGACCCCUAACAACUUCCCGCCAUUUUUGGGGAAGCUCUUUUCAAGAGGUGCAUAUGUCUACCCAUCCACACACCCACAGACAGACAGACAGACAGGUAGAUAGAUGUGUGCGUGAGUGUGUAACCUUUCAUACUUUAUCAUCAAAGUUUAUUCCUAAUUAUAACAGACACCAACUGUACAGCAAAAAGUAACUUUAUUUUCAGUGUGAACUAUAUUUAAGGAAAUGCUUGAUGCACUUAAGUUAUAAAAUGAGAUAAUUUACUUUUAUAAACUUUAUUUUGAGUUUGAAGAGACUUGUAGGCAGGGCAGAGAGCGCUGCUCCACCGAGGCCCCGUAGCUUUGAGUGCUUGAGUUCGUUCUGUUUUCAGAGAGUGUCACUGAGGUCUGGAGAGCAGCUCUGUGUGGCUGACAGUAUUCACUGGUGGAUUCUGGACUUGCGCUGUUUGAGGUGGAAUCACUGGGCUUGGGUGGGACAGAACAAUCCCUGAUCACGUCCUUAGAAAAUGUAAAGCCUAGAUUCUUCGGCUUUCUUUGAAAUUCAGACAUGUGGCUGAUGGGCAGUGCUGGGAAAGUCACUUCUGCUCUUGAACUUCACCAUCUGCAAGUGUGAGACGAGGCUGAUAGUAUGUACCUACCUCACUGGGGACGCUGAGGCUUCAUUCAACCCCAGGACACAUGAGCAGGGCUGAGACUAAUAUCUGAUAUUUGCUUAAAAUACAACCAGACCAGCCACUUGGCAAAGGAGGAUACCUGGGGCUGCAGAGCAGGAACCUGAGGGCAACUCUGCCUGCCACGGUCCCUUCUGCAAAGGCUGCACUGCAGAUACCAGCUCAGGGCAGCUUGGGGGGAUGCCAGAGGCCUUCGAUGGGAAGGAGGCUGUGACGGAUGGGUUGGACAGGGCAUCGUCAUGUUCUAGACCAGGAGCUGGCAAACCACAGCCCGCAGGCCUGUGUUUUAUGGCCUGCCUCCUAAGAAGAGUUUUUACAUUUUUAAAGGGUUGUAAAAAGCAAAGAGGAGAAGAAUAUGCAAUAGACUGUAUGUGGACCAGAAAGCCUGAAAUAGUUCCUAUCUGUCCUGUCUGGCUCUUUUCAUAAGAAGUUGUGCUGACUCCUUUUCCAGACGCUCUGUUUGCUAACAACCUCUUGGAGUUCGCAGAGGCGGAGGGGGUCCAGUUGGAAAGACAGGGCUCCUCCUUCCGGCUCACUUUCCGGGCCGCCGAGCACAGAAGACCCAGUUGCCAUUGUACACAGGGACAGUUCCACACCCUGUCCUCCAAUUGUGGUGCUAGGAUGGGCUACUUCUGUGAUAGGAGGCUUCCUGAGAAACCAGAAUGAGUUGAUGGGGAAGACGGAGGACUCCUCCAAGAGAGGCUGGGACAGGUUUGGCCUCACUCCUAGAGAUGUCACCAGUCAUCAGAGCUUCGGACACAGCUACUUGUCUCCAUCACUCUCUGCACGGCCAGAGGGAACACGCCCCCUUAUGGUAGAGUCGAUGUUGUAUGAUUUUUGUGCUCUUUUUUAUAAUUUAUGCAAACCACCCAGAAACCCAAACCAGUCUGUUGAGUGAAAAUCAUGCAGAUGCUAUAUGGCUCCGCAGGCUUCCAUGGUGAGAGGAUCAGUUGGAGAAAAGUAGCAGAUAUUUUGUGAGGGAAAAUGAAUAGAGAUCCUUAUUCCACUCCUUAAUGGCAUACCAAGGUGAAAUUAAAAACCUCUUACAAAUGAGCUGGUGUUUAUUCAGGGGCAGGGGUGAUGGGCUGGGGGUUGGGGGACCAGGAUGUUUUGUCAACAGCGGGGGAAGCUUUGCAUGAAGGGAAAGCGUGACUAAGUGACGACAGCAAAACAGAAGGAGAAAGCGGCUUUUACCCUCCUGCCAAGAUGGACUCAGAGACCUCACUCUUUACAGACACCCCUCCAGAAGGAGGCACUGGCAACACUCCACCCUCACCAGCAAGU